AUGAGUUUGAACAAGGAAGAGGGUAUUGCGAAAACGAUAGACCAAGUUGAUGGAGUUAACUUUGUUACCCAACCAGCCAAAUCAGUCCAGUCACCAUUUGCUCUGUUGGUAGCUAAUGCAAAUAUUUUAAUCAAUUCAAACGAUCCAUAUGCAAUUGUGGAAAAUUUCUUGUUGGAUAGAGACAAUCAACGCAAUGAUAGAGGGGACGAUGGGUUGGAGGAACUGGACCUUGAUUUUGUUACAGUAACUACAGAUGCUGCUACUUUGUUGAAGAACUUGCCCUUUUUGUCGGCCUCGUCUUUCAAGAACAACAAGAUUGUCAACCACGUGGAAAUAAAUUACAAAGACUUUACUGCUGUCACAAGUUUGAAAGAUUUAAACUUUCCGAUCUUGGUGUCACAAACUCCACGUGAAACUUAUCAAUUUGCAAAUUUGGCGUACAACUUGUCUGAGAAAUCGAACACCUCGGUUUUUCACUUUUAUGUCUCAAAUUCCUCAUACAAAUCCAGUGAAACUAUCAAAAAUUCUGACGGCGUGUUUUUGAAAGAUUUGCAAGGCCUAUCAUUUGACAAGGUGUUGGCAGAGUUUGAUGUCCAACCUUUCGAAAUUAUAAACAAGAGUCAAAAACAGAAGGAUGCCAUUCUUUACCUCGGUCAAUUAGAGGAUGCCUUAUUGGAAGCAGCAAAUAAAGCUGGAGUCUUGGUGAUCAACGUCAAGGUAUACCAACCAUUUUCCAUCUCCCGUUUGCUCAAACUGGUGCCUGCUCAAAUUGAAACGCUUACUAUUGUUCAACAAGGUAACGGCAACUUUUCGCAAUUUUCUCCGUUGCUUCUUGAUUUCUUUGCCAACUACUCAGAGCAUCAAACUUUGAAAAAUUUUACGAGAAUUGUAUCAGCAACUUUCGGUCCCAUUGUCGAUUACAAUGAUGCUUUGACUAAACUUGUAUUGAAUGUUCACACUGAUAAACCAUCUCAAAACAUAUUUUAUGGCGAGACAAAUGGUGAUAAAACUUCAAGUAAACAGCAUCAAGAAUACGAAAAGGCGGUAUCUGAGGCUCAUAAUUUGGAACAAGCCUACUUGAAGAUUCUUCAACAAGUUAAUGACACAAACUUGAAGAUUUUGAAUGAGUAUCAAGCCGACAAUAUCGGAUUGCAAACCAAUCCUGAAUAUGGUUUUGGAUCAUUUUUGUAUGAUGAAGAACAACAAGAAAAUUUAACCAGAUUGGUGCAAGUGGCUUUGAAGGAGAACAAGUUCAAAACAAAAGAUAAUAGCAAGUUGAUCGAUUUGCUAUCACAAUGGUUGGUACAGUUGCAAGAGAAUGGUGGAGUAGAAAACAGAAUACCGCUUGAGGCAAUCGACUUGCUAAAGACCGAUCAAUCCUCAACCACUGCAAGAGAACUUCUUGCUUUGUCGAGUUACUUUACCACCAACAGAAAUUGGCUUAUAGGCUCAGAUGCUUGGUCUUAUGAUUUGGGUUCAUCAGGUGUUCACAGUGUUAUCACGUCAGGCAAAAACAUCAACAUGUUGAUCAUUGAUUCUGAGCCAUAUAAAGAAAAGUCUUUAGACAAAACCGUCAAUGGGUUUAGAAAGAAGGAUGUUGGUUUGUAUGCAAUGAACCACGGUGAUUGCUAUGUCGCAUCAGUGGCAGUUUACUCUUCUUAUACCCAGGUUUUACAAGCAUUCAUCGAGGCUGAAAAGUUCAACGGACCAUCCAUCGUUUUAGCAUAUUUGCCAUAUCAUAAGGAGUCCGACAAUACAUUGGCUGUAUUGCAGGAGACUAAAAAAGCUGUUGACACUGGGUACUGGCCAUUGUAUAGAUUUGACCCUAAUGCUGCAAAAGAGUCUGACGUCUUCAAAUUGGACUCUUCAAACUUGAGGAAACAAUUGCAAGACUUUUUGGACAAGGAAAACAAGCUAACCUUGCUUGCUGCGAAGGAUCCAUUGUUGUCUAGAAAUUUGACAGCAAAUGCCAACACUGAAGCCAAGCUCAUGCAAGCAAAGAUUGCUGAUGAAUCCUAUGCAAUGUUAUUGCUGGGUUUAUCCGGCCCACCAUUGACCAUAGCUUUUGCUUCCGAUGGUGGCAAUGCAGAAGGUUUGGCCAAGAAAAUUAACAGGCAAGCUUUGGGAAGAGGGUUAAAGGCAAAUGUUUUGCCCAUGGAUGAUAUUUCAAUGGAGGAUCUUCCAAACGAAACCAAUAUUGUUUUUGUCACUUCAACUUCCGGUCAAGGUGAGUUCCCUGGUAAUGGUAAACAAUUUUGGGAUGGUCUCAAGAACUCAAAUGAUUUGGAUCUUUCUGGUACUAGGUUUUCUGUGUUUGGUUUGGGUGAUUCAGAAUAUUGGCCAAGAAAGGAAGAUAAGCACUAUUAUAACAAGCCUGGUAAGGAUUUACAUGCCAAGCUUAAGUUAUAUGGUGGUGUCGAAUUGGCCGAAAUUGGUUUAGGUGACGAUCAAGAUGCCGAUGGAUUCUCCACUGGAUUCAAUGAGUGGAUUCCAAAGAUUUGGGCCGCUUUGGGUGUGGACAAUGUUGAAGGUGUUGAAGAACCAAAACCAAUCACUAAUGAAGAUAUGAAGCUAGGUUCUGACUACCUCAGAGGAACUAUUGCCGAAGGAUUGCAAGAUGAAUCAACUGGUUCCAUUUGCGCUGUUGAUCAACAAUUGACCAAGUUUCACGGUAUCUAUAUGCAAGAUGAUCGUGACGUAAGAGAAGAACGUAAGGCUCAAGGUCUCGAACCUGCUUAUGCUUUUAUGGUUCGUGUGAGAUUGCCAGGGGGUAUUGCCAAUCCACAGCAGUAUUUGAAGAUGGACGAAUUGGCUGAUGAGAGAGGUAAUGGGACAUUGAAAUUGACAACGAGAGCCACUUUUCAACUUCAUGGUGUAGUCAAGCACGAUUUGAAACCAGCAAUAAGAGGCAUGAAUGCAGCUUUGAUGGAUACUUUAGCAGCAUGUGGUGAUGUUAAUAGAAACGUUAUGGUAUCAGCAUUGCCAAAUAAUGCCAAAGUUCAUGGGCAGGUUUCUGCAACUGGUACUUUAAUUUCAAACCACUUGUUGCCCAACACAACAGCAUACCAUGAGAUUUGGUUAGAGGGUGGAAUGCCAUCAGAUAAACCAGGAGAUAGAGAAGCUUGGGAAAACCGUAAAGAGGGCCCAACCAAGAAGAAAACAUUGGUUGCAGGUAAUGUUUUGGCUGAUGUUGAGCCAAUGUAUGGUGUAACUUACUUACCAAGAAAGUUCAAGAUUGUGAUUACUGUACCACCAUACAACGAUGUCGAUGUGUACGCUCAUGAUAUCGGUUUGAUUGCAAUUAUUGAAGAUGACAUUGUGAUUGGAUACAAUGUGUUAGUUGGGGGUGGUAUGGGUACUACUCACAACAACAAAAAGACGUACCCAAGAACAGGAUCGAUGUUUGGUUUCAUCCCAAGAGAUCAGAUACAUAUUGCCUGUGAAAAGAUUAUGUUGGUGCAAAGAGAUUUCGGUGACAGGUCGAACAGAAAGCAUGCUAGAUUGAAGUAUACAAUUGAUGACAUGGGUGUCGAAGUCUUCAAAUCCAAAGUUGAAGAAUUGUUGGGGUACAAAUUUGGUGAACCUAAGCCAUUCAAGAUUGAGAACAACGUCGAUCAUUUUGGUUGGUGCAAGGAUGAAUUGGGAUUCAAUCAUUUUACUGCUUUCAUUGAGAACGGUCGAAUUGAAGAUACUCCAGAGUUACCUCAAAAGACAGGUUUGCGUAAAAUUGCUCAAUACUUGCUCGAAAACAAAAAAUCAGGGGAGUUUAGACUAACCGGUAAUCAACAUAUACUCAUUUCCAACAUCAAAGAUGAAGACUUGCAAGAUGUCAAGGACUUGUUGGCUAAAUAUAAGUUAGAUAAUACUGAGUUUUCAGCAUUGAGAUUGUCAUCAGCUGCAUGUGUUGCUUUCCCCACGUGUGGUUUGGCAAUGGCUGAGUCUGAGAGGUACUUGCCUCAACUAAUCACCAAGUUGGAGAACGCUCUUGAAGACUAUGGAUUGAGACAUGAUUCCGUGGUUAUGAGAAUGACUGGUUGUCCAAAUGGUUGUGCUAGACCUUGGGUUGCAGAAGUUGCAUUAGUUGGUAAAGCCUAUGGUGCAUAUAACUUGAUGUUGGGUGGUGGACAUCAUGGACAGAGACUAAACAAAAUUUACCGAUACUCGAUUAAAGAAGAUGAAAUUUUGGAAAUAUUAAAGGACUUGUUCAAGAGAUGGAGUAAGGAGAGAAACGAUGGUGAACCAUUUGGUGAUUGGUGUAUUAGAGCUGGGAUUAUUCAAGAAACCACAGAAGGUAAAUACUUCCAUGAAGGUAUUCCUGAAGAUGCAUAG